UCAGGUCCCAGGUUGCCCGGCGGUAGGCUGCGACUCCGUCUCCCACCCAGGCGCGUAAUGGCUCCUGGCUUUUCCGGGGAACCUCUGCUGUUGAGCUGUACCUCAUUGCUAGGGAACGGGCACUGGAAGGUCUCAGACACGGUCCCGCUUUCUUAGGGCGGUAACGUCCUGCGCCGGUUGGGAAGGGAAGGUGGGAGGAGCGGAGCCGCUGUGAACCAUGCUCGUGAGCUGUGGGUCCGUCUGUGAAGAAGCCCACCUUUGCCGGACGGCGGCUGGAGUCUGCGCUGGCCCUGUCUUGUGUGGCAGGCGGAAAACUACACUUCCCAGCAUCCUCGCGGUGCGAGAACUACCUUGCCCGAAAGUCUGAGCGUGAUUCAGCCAGCCUUUCGCCUCCUCCCGCCAGCCCGAAAACAGGAAAUGUGGGGUCGUUGUGUUUGGCGGCUGCUGCGACCUGAGGGCCGUGGGAGCCACCGGGUUUCGAGCCUCGGCGGGGAUUUUUCGCCGGCCCUGCGAAGAGACUUCUUCACCACCACAACCAAGGAAGGAUAUGAUAUGAGGCGAGUGGACAUAACUCCUUUAGAACAAAGGAAAUUAACUUUUGAUACCCAUGCACUGGUUCAGGAUUUGGAAACUCAUGGAUUUGACAAAGCACAAGCAGAAACAAUUGUAUCAGCAUUAACCACUUUAUCAAAUGUCAGCCUGGAUAGUAUCUACAAGGAGAUGGUUACUCGAGCUCAACAGGAAAUAACAGUACAACAACUAAUGUCUCAUUUGGACUCCAUCAGGAAAGACAUGGUCAUCCUAGAAAAAAGUGAAUUUGCAAAUCUGAGAGCAGAGAAUCAGAAAAUGAAAACUGAAUUGGAACAAGUUAAGCAGCAACUGAUAAAUGAAACCAGUCAAAUCAGAGCAGAUAAUAAACUGGACAUCAACCUAGAAAGAAGCAGAGUAACUGAUAUGUUUACAGAUCAAGAAAAGAAACUUAUGGAAGCAACCACAGAAUUUACCAGCAAGGAUACCAAAACCAGAAGUAUUAUUUCUGAGACCAGUAAUAAAAUUGACACUGAAAUUGCUUCUUUGAAAACACUGAUGGAGUCUAACAAGCUUGAGACAAUUCGUUACCUUGCAGCCUCAGUGUUUACUUGCCUGGCAAUAGCAUUGGGAUUUUACAGAAUCUGGAAAUAGUAGAGCUACCAUAUUAUGCUGCUGUGGACUUAGAACACUACACCAGGAUGCAUUUAUUCUGAACAUGGAAGUUGUGGCAGAUACUCAAUACAAGGUUAUUCAGAGUACAUAUGGACUAAAAAAUACUUUAAAAUGGGAAGAUGUGCUUUGAGUUUGUGUUUUUUAUGUGUCUUUAUUUUAUUAUGUUGAAAAGCUGUCAUUCAAAACCUGAUUGAUUUGAGAUAGAGGCUUUUUGUCUUUAUCCUUUUCAUAGUUCAUAGAAACUGAUCCAGAGUUUUCUUGUGUUUGCUUGAAUAAUGUAUUUUGUAAUGUCUGCUGCAAAUUUAAAAACUAUUCCCAAGCCUACAUACUUGUAAUUGUAUUCAGCUUCCCUGGUAACUACUGCACAGUUACCUUUUCAUAGAAAAUAAAAUCUUGUUUUAACAAAGUUGUUUGGAUUUUAAAGGCAACUUACCAUAUAUGGAGAUUGGGUUUCUUAGUAGUGAAUUAAAACAUUGAACUUUAAAAUAAUGUGUGCCCUAGUUCAACUGUAGGACAUUUGGUAUGAAAUCUUCGAGUUGCUAUGUCUUGAGCUCUGAUUAUUACAUAUACUUCAUUUUUUUGAUUCACAAAAACCAGUUUAUCCCUGCUUCUUAGGAACCCAUCUUAAAUUUACAUAAAAUGAAGAGGGUUUUUUGGGUUUUUGUUUGUUUUUUAUGAGUCACUUAAAUUCAGUAAACUAUUUGGUGACUAAGUAGACCAAGCAGGGUUAUAUAAGGACUAGCCAAGAGUCAGUAAAAACCCUUCACCGUAUUUGAAAAACAAAGUUUAUAAUUCCCAUUUCGUCAAUCUUUAAGAAUUCCGAUACAUGAAUAUUUAAAAGUAUGCAGUAUUUUUUUAAUAUGAAGAAAAAAAAAUGAGGCAAUGGAAACAGCAAUGGUCACCAACGCUGAACUUAUUGUUGUUUUGUUGAAUAAUAGCUACCACUGCCUAUACAAGGGGGACUGUGCUAAAUAAUAUAUAGCAACUCACCUUUUUUUUUUUUUUCAAAGUGGUGGUAUUAUCCUUAUUUUACAGCUGAAAAAACAAGCUAAAUGAAGUUAAGGUCACACAGUUGUAACUCACACAACUGAGGUUGCCAAGGCUAUACAGCAGACAAGCCACACAGUCUUUAAAUUCCAGUCUUUAAAUUCUUUCUUACUCGGUAUUCUAGUCAUCUACAAGUUGAGCCUCUAUCUUGAUAGAUGGACAAAUAAUCUAAGGCAUGGGAAAAAAACAUUUCUACUUACAUCUCUCUAACGUCUUUUUCACUUCUGUUUUUGUGUUUCACUAACAUAAUGUGGCAUAAUGUGUAUAUAUAUAUAUUUGGUCUUUGUCCCCAAUUCCUGUUCUCCUAAAAACCUUGUACUUUCUUGAUAGGGGUAAUUACAAGCUUCUGUUUUCUUGGCACAAAGCUCCUAAAAUCCUCCAGAUCUCCUGAAUGGUAAGAGUGUAUUCUGCAUGCUGAGGGGAUAGGUGGCUGGGAGCCCUUCUGUAACCAGAAUGGGGACUGGUUGCCAAAUAGACCAAGGCAUGAUUAUAGAUUGGAACUUUUCAGCCUCCCUGAUCUCCCAACUCAACCUCUGGGAAAGGGCGAAGACAGGAGAGGAGCUGAAGGUUGAGUUCAGUUCCCACUUGUCAAUGCACUGAAUACAUUGGUGCUAGGAGGGCGGCACACAGAAGGAAGUCAUGGGAGCCCCAUGCACCUCUCACUCCACACCUCGUCUUACGCGUCUCCGGUGGGCUGUUGCUGAGAUGUAUCCUUUCUAUUAAACUGGUGACACUCAA